AUGAGAUUCAAAGAUUUCUUCUGUUGUUUCAGGUGUCAGAAGGAGCCUGAAGAGGACGAAAAUAAUCUUGUUGAGCUUGGGGAAGAAAAUGGCAUUGAGCUGGACGUAGAAAAUGUGAUUGAGCUGGAGAAAGAAAAUGAACCUGAAGAGGACGAAGAUAAUGUUGAUGAGCUCGGGGAAGAAAAUUGCAUUGAGUUGGACGUAGAAAAUGUGAUUGAGCUGGAGAAAGAAAUUGAGCCUGAAGACGACGAGGAUAAUGUUGAAGAGCUCGGGGAAGAAAAUGGCAUCGAGUUAGACGUGGAAAAUGUGAUUGAGGUGGAGAAAGAAAAUGUGCCUGAAGACGACGAGGAUAAUGUUGAUGAGCUGGAGGAAGGAAAUGACGCAAAUGAAUACAGUAUUCGGCCAAGAAAGAAGGACGAAGUGUUGGGCUGGCAACCUUCACUCGACGAUAUUGAAGAAGAAAACGCAAUCGAAUGCAUCUCGAUCGAAGAGAUCUUCGAAGAAGAACAGGAAAACCAAAUUGUUGAAUUAAAGAACAGGAAUGACGAUGAGGGCGAGCCGAAAGAGGACGGGGAUAAUGUUGAUGAUCUGGAGGAAGAAAAUGACGCAAAUGAAUACAGUAUUCGGCCAAGAAAGAAGGACGAAGUGUUGGACUGGCAACCUUCACUCGACGAUAUUGAAGAAGAAAACACAAUCGAAUGCAUCUCGAUCGAAGAGAUCUUCGAAGAAGAACAGGAAAACCAAAUUGUUGAAUUAAAGAACAGGAAUGACGAUGAGGGCGAGCCGAAAGAGGACGGGGAUAAUGUUGAUGAUCUGGAGGAAGAAAAUGACGCAAAUGAAUACAGUAUUCGGCCAAGAAAGAAGGACGAAGUGUUGGGCUGGCAACCUUCACUCGACGAUAUUGAAGAAGAAAACGCAAUCGAAUGCAUCUCGAUCGAAGAGAUCUUCGAAGAAGAACAGGAAAACCAAAUUGUUGAAUUACAGAACAGAACGAUCGAAGAGAUCUUCGAAGAAGAACAGGAAAACCAAAUUGUUGAAUUACAGAAUCGAAUGCAUCUCGAUUGA